AUGAAUGACUUGUCAUCUUGGUUAGGAGGCGGAUUGUUGGGAUUGGCUGGUCUGACAGGCUAUGCAUCAACAGGCAGUGAGGGAGGGGGAGGACCAAGCUCAAUGCUUGGGGUAGGAGUGUCAUUGCUUCUAGUAACUUGGCUACUCAAUUAUUUACGUGGUGCAAUACAAUCAAUGAUAGAAUGGAUUAGUAGUUCAUUCUAUUAUACGGCACAGAUAUCAUAUCCGGAUCAAGCAUUCGUUUGGAUAUUGGAAUGGUUGGCAUCACAACAACAGUUUGGUAUGCGUGGCGUCACUGUCAACACAAGAUUCAAUGAGGCACAGGAGGUCAGGCGGAGUGAGCCAGAGUUCAAACUGUUGCCCAUGGGCACGGUAUGGCUGCGAUUCAAAGGUCACGUCGUCUACUUCUCAAGAGAGUAUACAGAGAAACGAUCAAUGGAUGGUAUACGCGAUGAUGUCAUGUUUGGUCGAUUCUUUACCAACUCCAAGCAUCAGUACAUCAGUGAUAUCAUCAUCGAAAGGUUUGGACAGCAACCCAUUAGCACUGCACAACUUCAAGGUUGGUUCAUCAUUCACCGUGAUGAUCCAACUCUAUUACUUGAUGAUAUAGAUGACUUUAUGCAUCAAUGUUCAAAAGAGUUCAAUCAUAGAAUACUUCAAGAAACAACUCAUGGCAACGUCAAUGGCAAUGUCAAUGGCAAUGGCAAUGGAUUUAGUUCAACACAUGGUAGCUUGAAUAGUGAGGUGAUGGAUGUUGUCAACAAGGAGUCUACUCAUGAUGUAGUUGGCGAGGUUGAUAUUGAGAAUGGCAAC